CUCAGGCCGGUCACUAUGGCGACCCACUUCCGCUCGGGCGGCCGCUCUGGCCGCGCCGCCUCGCUGGCUGGGCCAGGUCUUCCAGCCACGCCCCCUCCCUCCUCCCGCUUCCCUGCGCUCCACCGCGGCGGGGACGGAGCAGCCCCUUCGCCGCUUGCAGCUGGCCUCUGCGGCCUCUUGGAACAGACUGCCAGGAUGGCCAUGGGAGUGCGGGAUCAAUACGAGCCCGUGGCCGAGAUUGGCAUCGGGGCUUACGGCACCGUCUUCAAGGCCCGUGACCUGCAGAGCGGCAAGUUUGUGGCCCUCAAGAACGUCCGGGUGCAGAACAGCGAGAACGGGUUGCCGCUGUCAACCGUCCGCGAGGUGGCCUUGCUGAAGCGGCUGGAGCACUUUGACCAUCCCAACAUUGUUCGGCUAAUGGAUGUUUGCACGACAACACGGACGGAGCGCGAGACUAAAGUGACGUUGGUCUUUGAGCACGUGGAUCAAGACCUGAAAGCGUAUUUGGAAAAAACGCCACCUCCCGGCUUACCUGUGGAGGUAAUAAAGGACAUGAUGCACCAGUUCCUGAGCGGCUUGGAAUUCCUGCAUUCAAACUGCAUUGUCCAUCGCGACCUCAAGCCAGAGAAUAUCCUGGUGACCAGCUCUGGUCAAGUCAAGCUGGCUGAUUUUGGCCUGGCUCGCAUCUACAGCUGCCAGAUGGCUCUGACGCCACUGGUCGUCACCCUCUGGUACCGGGCUCCAGAAGUGCUGCUCCAGUCGGCCUACGCUACCCCUGUGGACCUGUGGAGUGUCGGCUGCAUCUUUGCGGAAAUGUUUCGGAGGAAGCCCCUCUUCUGUGGCAACUCUGAAGCUGACCAGCUAGGCAAGAUCUUUGACCUGAUCGGGCUCCCAUCCGAAGAGGACUGGCCCCUGGACGUGUCUCUGCCACGCUGCGCCUUUGCUGCUCGCUCCCCGCAGCCCGUCGAGAAGUUUGUGCCGGAAAUUGAACCCCUGGGAGCUCAGCUGCUGUUGGAAAUGCUGACAUUCAACCCGUACAAACGGAUCUCUGCCUUCAAAGCACUGCAUCACCAGUACUUUCGAGACCAGAGUGCAGGUGAAGGCUAGCGCCAUCCCAGCAGGUCCCUGGCAAGGGGUGAAAAGACUGUACACAAAAAGACUUUGCGUGUGUAUGAGGAUAAUUGGGCCCCCCCACCUGGAGGCUACAGUCAGACCGUCUCCCAAGCCCCCUGGCUGUGCUGGGACUUUGAGGGGCGGGGAGGGGGCUGGAGCCGUUGCCAACAUGCGGAACGAAAACGAAAAGGUGCCUGUUGCAGGAAGUGCAACGCCGAAAUCCUUCCUGCCCUGGAAAUAACUAGGAUUCCUGUGGUAUCUCUGUGCCAACAAUACCCUCGCAGAUGUACGUGCACACUCACUUUCUGUGUUCCUGGGUUGAGUCCCAGCAGUGUUCUUGAAGGUCAGUUUGUGUUUGAGACAGCCCAGUUAGAGGCAUCUCUCUCUUGCCAUCCGAGUUCAUAGCCCAAGGUGUCUCCAAUAACUUUUUUUUAAAAAAUGAAUAAUUUUUUUAUAACAGUUUACACACAAUAAUGUUCCUGCCUUUUAUCACAUUCCUGUGGCUAACAGUUUGACACUAAAGCCUUGCCUUAACUUGUUACACUGAGCGCCGUGAAAGCGGGAGCAAAGGAUAUUUUUGUAUAAAGUAUUCACAAUUCAUUUUCAAAAAAUUUUUUGAAUUGACACGACACUGGUCAGGAGAGACCUACGUAAUCGGGGAUCUGGGCAUGGGAGAUCUGCUCAGAUGGAGAGAUCAGCUGAUUCCAGUCAUUGAUGUGAAGUUUUUCUUUCCUUUUUAAUAUAAAAAAAAGCUUCCGAAAACGAAAUUUCAAUAAAGAAUAUGGAUGGGCAGGGGGCCAGGCAAGUAUAGCUUGGUCUUCCCCCUUUCCUGUCAAUUGAA